GGGUUUAGAAAACGGGUUCCUAAGGAGCUGCAGAGGGUGGGCUGUGUGGAGCUGCUCAACACGGUCCAGAGGAGGGUCCGACCCAAACUCCAUGCCUUCGGAGGAAUACAUGAAGGUCAGUCAGGAUCCCAUAUACACACACACCCUAUUACGACCCAGGGUAGAAGUAGGGAUGGAUUAGAGAGAGAGAGAGAGAGAGAGAGAGAUGGGGUUUUUGUGGGGUUUCGACCAGGGGGGAAGUAGGGAUGGAUUUGAGGAGAGAGGGAGAGAUGGGUUUUUUUGGGGUUACGGGGCCCAGGGUUUUGAAUUAAGGGGUGGAAAUUUGAAAAAAAGAGAGAGAGAGAGAGAGAGAAGAGAGGAGGAGAUGGGGGUUGUUGUGGGUUUGUGUUCAAUACUUUCUCCGCUUUAGUUUGGCCUUGAGUUUAUUCCCGGACUUUCACCACAGGGUGUUAAGGGCGGUUAGGGGACAUUUUUGGGGGAAAAUGGAUGGGGGUGGUGGUGUUAGGGACAUUAUGGGGUAGGGAACAUGGGGUGGGGGGUGGGGGUGUUUUGGGACAUUUUGGGGAGGGCAGGGAAAGGGGGUGGUGGUUUUUAGGGACAUUAUGGAUGAAACCCUGGGUGGGGGGGGUGGUGUUAGGGACAUUUGGGUGUAAACCUGGAUGCGGGGGGGUGGUGUUAGGGGGCAUUUUGGGGUAGACAUCGAGGGGGGUGGGGGGUGGUGUUUUGGGAACCCCAAAGGGGUAGAAAAAAUCGAUUUGGGGGGGGUGGUGUUAGGGACCCUUAGGGGGGACAGGGAUGGGGUGGGGGUUUUUAGGGACCCUUAUGGAUGUAAACAGGAUGGGGUGGUGGGGGGGUUAGGGAAAAUUUUGGGGUAGGGCAGCCCCUGGGGGGGGUGGUGUUAGGGGGCUUAUGGGGGAGGGCCCGCGAUGGGGGUGGGGGUUUUUAGGGACAUUAUGGGGUAGGAAAAAGGGGUGGGGUGGGGGGUGGGGAGGGUGGGGUAGAAAAGGGAUGGAGGUGGUGGGGUUGGGGGGUGGGUAGGGGUAGACAGGAGGAGGUGGUGGGUGGGGGGCUGGGGGGGGGUUUGAAGGGAUGGAGGUGGUGGUGUUGGGGGUGGGGGGGGGGUUGCAGGGAAGGGGUGGUGGUUUUUGGGGAAAUGGGGUUUGGGGGAGAAGGGGUGGAAAGGGGGUGGUUUUUGGGGGGCUGGGGGGAGGGGUUUGACAGGGAUGGGGGUGGUGGGGUUGGGGGGACUGGGUUUGGGGUAGACAAAAGGGGUUUGGGGGUUUGGUUUUGGGGUUGGGGACGGGUGGGGUAGACAGGGAAAGGAGGUGGUUUGGGGUGGGGGAAUGGGGGGAGGGGUUAGACAGGGAUGGAGGUGGUUUGGGGUUGGGGACCUUUGGGGAGGGGUAGAAGGGGAUGGAGGUGGUGGUGUUUUUGGGUGGGUGGAGUAGACAGGGAAGGGGGGGUGGGGUGGGGACUGGGUGGGGGGUAGACAGGGAAGGGGGGGUGUUGGGGGGGACCCGGGUAGGGAUAGGGCCCGGGUGGAGGUGGUUGGGGGUUGGGGGGCGGGUAGGGGUUUGACAGGGAUGGAGGGGGUGGUGUUGGGGACUGGGUAGGGGUAGACAGGGAUGGGGUGGUGCUGUUGGGGACUGGGUAGGGGUAGACAGGGAUGGGGUGGUGGUGUUAGGGACAUUAUGGUGGUAGACAGGGAUGGGGGUGGGGGUGGUGUUGGGGACUGGGUCGGGUUUAGUUAGGACAGGGAGGGAGGUGUGGUGUUGGGGCGGGUAGGGGUAGACAGGGAUGGAGGUGGUGGUGUUGGGGACGGGUAAGGGGUUAGACAGGGAUGGAGGUGGUGGUGUUGGGGCUGGGUAGGGGUAGACAGGAGGGAGGAGGGGGUGGUGUUGGGGACUGGGCUGGUAGACAGGGAUGGAGGUGGUGUGUUGGGGACUGGUAGGGUAGACGGGAUGGAGGUGGUGGUGUUGGGGACUGGGUAGGGGGGGGGACAGGGGAUGCGAGGUGGUGGUUGUUGGGGACGGGUAGGGGUAGAACAGGGAAGGGGUGUGGUGUUGGGGACUGGGUAGGGGUAGACAGGGAUGGAGGUGGUGGUGUUGGGGACUGGGUAGGGGUAGACAGGGAUGGAGGUGGUGGUGUUGGGGACUGGGUAGGGGUAGACAGGGAUGGAGGUGGUGUGGUGUUGGGGACUGGGUAGGGGUAGACAGGGAUGGAGGUGCUCACCAGAUGAGACCUACAGUAUACCUCCCACCCUCCUCUUUCUACCUCCUUCCUUCCUUUAUGUUUUUAUUAAAGGUGUAGAAAUGAGGAGUUCAGAGGAGAGACAAUUAAAGAAAUCUCUCGGAAAGGAACGCACCCUGUGGGGUUUUGAUUAGUCAGUUAGACAAUACGGUUUCUCACUUCAUGUCCAAUGUUGAUGAUCCGUUGGACUUCCCCGUAGCGUGUGCUGAUGAUGCGUUCUCCCUCCACAGGGUAUGGCAUCAUGACUGACGGCUGCACGACGUUCAUCAACUCCUCCACGUGCACGGUCAGCUUCCAGCCCACCAACCCCCCAAUCGUGUUCGACCUGCCCAACCCCUCCUCCAGCUCUUGA